CCGCUGGACCGCGACGCACCAACGGGCCAGGCGCGCUGGCAUCUGACGGUCACGGCUACGGACGGGCAGUACACGGCCUCCACUGACGUCGUCGUCAACCUCAAGGACGUCAACGACAACGUACCUGUCUUCCCGCAUGACGUCAUCGACGCACAUGUCUUGGAGAACUCGCUGGCAGGUACUUGCAGCGUUACCGUAAACAUCGACGACGUCAACGAUGUUCCUCCUUCCUUCGUGCAAUCUCACGUGGAAGUUUCGGUCCCCGAAUAUCGUCAACCAUCUUACGAUGAUUCUUCGUCCCAUGGAAUAUCGUCAUCCAACAGAGCAUCGUCCUCUCACGACGCUUCAUCAUCCAGCGUAAUUUUAUCGCCCAUCGAAGAGACGUUCCCGAAUGGAGGUUCAUCUUCUAGCGCCAUGUUUUCUUCCAACGUAGAAUUUUCAGCGUCCAAAUCCCGCAGCAACUUCUCUGAAAAUUUCAUUACGACUCUCGUGGUGGCUGAUCCUGAUGAAAGCAACGUGUUUGCAUACCGGGUGGUGCCGAGAAGCGGGUUCGGCUGGCAGUUGGUGGAAGUGAGAGCCGGCGCAGCUGGUGCAGACCUGUUCUCUAGAGUGCCGCUGGAUUUUGAGAACCCCCAGCACAGAGCGGGACUCAAUUUCAGAGUGCAGGUCACCGACCAGGUGCGUCGUAAUGUGGUACAUGGUUCCUCAUUGUGUUGAGUAAUCGCUCUGCUGCGAUGAAUAU